AUGGCGUUCCCGCGGGAGUCGAGCUUCAUGCCGACUAUCAAGUGCUCGUCAUGUGGAAAUGAUGUUGAGAUUUCCAUGAUGGGGGAGCACAUUUGCGGCGCGAGCAUCGAUAGCGCACUUCCUUCACCACAAACCGCUGACACCUUCGCUUCCUACGCACGCCAAAGUCAAAUAACGCCAAUCAGCAGUUCGACCGGCUCCCUAAGUGUAUCACCCAAAACCCCCAGUGGUGGCAGGCCCGACGAUUAUUUUCAACCAGAGAUUGCGACCGACUACAACGCAACACCACCACUAACAGCAAGGCGACCUGGCGGAUACGGCGGCUUCGACGAACCCGACGCGCGAGACGGUGAGCCAACCUAUCAGCCAAGCAGCCCCAAGAGGCAGCAAGGUGCCCUGCUCCAGCGCAUGAAUACAAUCGCGCCAGGGCCAUUCGAGAUGAACCGUAAGCCAGGACCAGCAUCGAAAAACGCAUUCGCCUCGUUACGAAAGAAUUCCACGACCGACGAGAUGCCGCCUGUGUCACCGAGAAUCACCGAAUCUCCCAAAGUCGGCUACAGCACUGAACGGACCAGCCCAGUCGCACAAAGCACCAGUGCGCCGAAAGAUGGAUUCGCGUUCUUGGGCAAUAACCACGUGGGUAUCGCGCCCCCGAGGGUACCCAGGAAGAAUGGCUACGGUGGAUUUGGUCCUCCAGGCCAAGCACCAGAAGAGUUCGAACCAGAGCCCUUCGGUGUCAACCGAUCCGGAACAUUUCCCAGACCCAACAACCCUGCCGAAGCUCCUCUACGGACCCCGUCAGCGCCUGGGCCACGACCCGAACGGCUCAAGCAGAUUGUCGACGAGGCCCCGAGCCAUGCUCGUCAACCCUCAAUGGGUCCAGAUACCUCGAGGCCACCACCGCCGCGAACUAGUCUUCUCAGGCCAUCAACUGCCGGAAAUGGCUCGUCCACUAUCAAUCUGGCCAACGAAUUCGGCGUUGGAAACCCCUACCACUCGCCUUCGGACUCGGCGUCAUCAGGCUACUCUACCUUCAGCCGACCGGGUCACUCUAGCUCCCAAAGCAGCUCACAGACUAGCCCAGUCAGAUCGAGACCUGAGAGGAGGAAACCUUCGGACACCUCGAAUUUCGAUAACAUCAUGAUCGACUUGGAGGUCUCCAUGGCUGAUAUGGGCUCCAUGCAGCAAAAUGCCCCAUCUGCCGACAGAAAUGCCAACUCGUCCUUUAACCGCCAGCCUAGCUCGGGCGAUGUCCGGUAUGAUCCCGCCGCCCAGGGACGCCCGGAGAGGACAAGAUCACCACUGGCCGCUGGUCCUAAUGACUACAACCGGGCCCCCGUUGAAACACACAUUCGGCAACAGGCCUCAUCGCCUCCGCGCGAUCUUCUUCCCCGACCUUCAACUCGGAAGCCAUCCGACCCUGCUGUUCAGUCAUCUCGCGGCAACUGCAAAUCUUGCGGUGACCCCAUAAAGGGAAAGAGCAUCUCUUCCGCUGACGGCCGCCUCACUGGACGGUAUCACAAGGCAUGCUUCGUUUGCACCACAUGUACCGAGCCAUUUUCGUCCGCCGAGUUUUACGUGCAUAACGACAAACCCUAUUGCGAGCAGCACUACCACAAGCUCAACGGCAGUCUUUGUGGUAGCUGCGGGCGCGGCAUUGAAGGUCAGUACUUGGAGGACGAAGAAUCGAUCAAGUAUCAUGUCGGCUGUUUCCGCUGCGGCGACUGCGGCAUGUCUCUCUCCAACGGCUACUUCGAAGUCGACGGCAGGGCGUUCUGCGAGCGGGAUGCGUGGAAACGAGUACAGCAGCCGGACGGCCCUCCGCGCGGCAUGGCUCGAUCGCCCGGUCCUCAGGGCCCGCCUGGCGCACGACGCGGCGGCCCGCCCCCCAUGGGUCCCGGAAUGGGAUCCAAGAUGGGCCCUCCCAUGGGACCAGGCGGUCCCGGCAGGGGCGGCCCACGACCGGCCAUCGGGCUGCCUCGUGGCCAGCGUCUUGCGCCGGGGGCCAAUCUUGCUCCAAUGCCUCGGAUGAACAAGCGCAUGACGAGACUCGGCAUGAUGUGA